UGCGCAGAGCGCCGAGUUUCUUUCACAGUGUUGAAAACAUGGCGGAGAAAGACGCGGAAGUUGGAUUCAAAAAGGAGACUGUAAGCAAACUCUUGUCCAGUUUCUUCAAGGAGGACAAAACCAGAUUAAGCGGCGAUGCGACGCUGCUCAUGACAGAGUUGCUCAAGAUAUUUGUCCAAGAGGCUGCUGUGAGAUCACUGAAACAAGCGGAGUCUGAGGACUGCGACCGAGUAGACGUGGAGCACUUUGAAAAGAUUCUGCCUCAGCUGCUGCUGGACUUCUAAGCACAGUGAUGCCACAAGAUGGAGCCAGAGUGUUGCCUUAAGCGUUCCUGCUCAAAUCCAACAUGUUUAUUAUUUUGUUUUUUUUAAUCACUAAAAUCGGAGAUGACGUUUAAAUUCUGACCCUGUAUGUAUUCGAGUCGUGUGAUUUUAAGUAGAACGUGGCGGCGCUGUCCGCACGCCUCCACGUCACCACCAAUAAGGCCCACCUGUGCUCCUAUGUGCAACAACAGGUGCUUCCAGCAUGCAUAGUGCCCUUCAUCAAAGCCUCCUGGAGCAGUUGGAAGCAAUUAGAGUAAUAAGGGGAGCAGCUAGUCCCUUAGAUGAUGACAAGUGCCAGGAAAAAAGGAGUACCCCCUCCGGCCACUUUGAAGUUCCCUUUUGCUGUCCUGCGAUGUUUAGUUAGAGGGGGGGGGGGGGGGGGGAGGCAAAGGGGACCUCUGGCACAGGGGGAAAGUUGAAUGGGAGUGUGCGUGCGCGAACGUGUGCACGUGUUAGCCAAACAUGGCCAGAGACCACACGCAUAGAUAUUCUGUUUGAAAGGAAACAUAACAAAACACAUUGGAACACGGUCCAAGAAGAGCAGGGUGUAAUUCUGAAGGUAAAUAAACAAAAGAAGGCGAGUAGUUGAGGUGCUUUCUCUCUCCUCGCCACAGCGGAGGGGGAAGCUGGGCCUACAAGGGAGAGAGUAAUGUGGGCUCUUCUAACCCGAGUGCCUCAGAUGGUUUUCCACCCGUGGUGUAUUUGACCAGCGUGUCUUCAAUAUGAGUCAGCAUAGCUGUCCAACACCUCACUCUUAUUUAUUUGUGUGGCUUGCGAGUGACUCACUACGCUUACAAAUGCUGCUCACAUGCAGCUGGAAGCAACUGGGGGCUAAAUUCAAGGGUCCGGGCUCACAAGGUGCUCAAGGACAAGGCACAUGGAAUUUGACCCGGCACCCUUUUAGUAUAGGCCCAGGCUGGGUCUGUGUGUCACAGGAGAAACCUCCACAGCAGGACACACACACACACCGUCUCCUGAAGGAUAGAGAAGUUUAUUGAGGACCAGGUUAAUAAUUACAUUUGUAACUUUAGUGUAACUACUCACUACUACUACUACUACCACUCGCAUGACAUUAUUUUAUUAACAGAUGUGAAGGCAACAUUUUUUUUAUUCAUCCUUACUUAUUAACAAUGUAAUAAACAAACAUACAAAAAGAUGUAUUAUGCAUAUAGGCUUUCUGGGGAUUCAUUAGAGAAUAAUUGGAUCUCCAGCUGUCAAUCCUUGCAGAAGAAAUAAAAACAAUUAUUGUCUUGGA